AUCCGAAGCGAGCGGUCUGGAUUUUUUGCAGCGCGCGACAGGUCAUUUUUUCUGUUUUUGUAUCACUCUUGUUAUUGUUGUUCCGUAGUAGUAGCCACCAGCCAAUAUCAGCAGCAGCAGCUAUCUCGUUCUUUUGCAUACGAUUAGGCAGGCAUAGCAGCAGACGACGUCGCUUGUAGUAGAGCAGAGCAUAUUUGCAUAUAUAGUUUUGAUUUCCAUUCGUUCAGUCAGCAGUCGGGCAGUCAUCAUCGAGGGGCCGCACUUGAUCGAACAACGGGAGUGCGCGGAGUCCAGAGGCAGUCAGACAGACAGAGAGUGCUGCAUACGGCUGUGUGUGUAGGUGUGGGUGAGCGCGAGUGAGAAAGGACCGAGUUGAAAAGAAGCAGAAAAAAAAAAUAGAAACGAAGGGAAUUCCGUAAGUGCUGUCCUUUCUGCUGUUGCUUCUGUGCGUUAAUUGUGCGCCAGUGUGUUGCCGCUAUCAACGGUGAGGAGAUGGAGUUUUUAUGCUUCCCCUAAUCUGGAGGGUGGUUGGUGUUCAGAGAGAAAGAAGAACCAUCCAGGACGAACGGAGACAGUUGAUUAAAGACACAGAAACGAAGCCAACCAUGGGUUGGUUAUGCAAAUAAAAGGCAGUAAUUUUUGCUCUAGCGUGAAAAUCGGAAAAUUAUUUCGGGUGGAAAAACAAGUGUGACAGCAUGCAAACGACAGAAGAAGCAAGAAUCGGUAGUGUUUGAGAGACGUCGCGCCGUUUCGACUUGGGGAAUGCGAUCGUGGCUACCAGAGCGAGCCCCUGCGUGAAGGUGUUUGUGGAGGGCGAGGGGUUUUUUUCGUUUCACUACAAACCGAAUGAAAGCCCAUUAUCAUCAUCCACUGCAAAGCGUACCACCAACGGCACCAGCCAGAGUAACCAAAGAAAGGCAAAGUAAAGCUUUGUAAUACAAAACCGUGCAAAAAAAGGCUGAGGCGACGUUCCGUGUGUUCGCGAGUGUACGUGGAUUUUCUUCGCGUCGCGUUUUUUUUGUGUUUCUUCCCUCCGUUCCUCUAUUCGAUAGCCUGCUCUUUCCUGGUCGCACUUCCAGCCGACCACAGCCAGCCAACAAACAUCAUCGUCAUAAUCAAUUGGAUGGAUUCGCGGUCGGACGGUGUGUUUUUGGUUCUGCCUUUUGCGCUGGUCGUUUCGGUUUUUUUGCGCUCACUGUUACUGCCGCUGGUGAAUGCCACCACACUUGUUUACGUUCGCUGAGAGUGCAGAAAAAAAGCUGAAAAUAAUCGAAAAUAAGAAAGAAUGUGCUGGCUGGUGGUGCAGAAAACCAGCAAACAACACACGUAAGAACUCUGAGCACCUUGCCUUCGUCACCCGCACCACCGCCGCCGCCGCCUUUGCCGGAGCCGCCGUUCGGUUCGCAAAAGGAAACAAGCGCUCCUUCAUGUACGCGCGCAGAUCCAUCGUACUGACAGCGGUCGAACGUAUGGGGAGUGCAAGCGCGCAAGAAGGGAGGAAGCAGUGUGGGAAUUACUUCGCAGCAACAGCAGACCGGAAGACGAAACAUAUCGUUCGCUUUUUUCCGCCACUUUUGGUGAAACAGUUUGGAAACGUGAUUGAUUCGAAAUUCUAAGCAGUGCUUGCAGUCAGUCAGUCAGUCAGUAGUAGGGAUGGCCCGCCGGAAGGGAGCUACCAAAGCAAAAUCUAAUGGCCGCAAAUCAGCGUCGGAAGCUAAGCAGACAGAUAAGAAGGACGCUAAAGUAAAAGAUGAUCCGGGUGGAGAGCUUCCGCCCGCUAUGGAAAUAACGAACAGCUGUAAUGAAAGUAAAACGACGUCAGUGAGUCAACCGUACAGCAGCAGCAAACAGCCGAUCGCGAACCCAGCAGCGGAGAGCAAAGUCAGCGCGGAAAAUAGCAUUUUGCAUCAUUCGCAAACACCGCCAACGCCAUCGCGACCGCAGGCUGCCACAUUCAGCGUCUGCCCCUCGCCGAACGCGACGAAUUCUUCUGACCUAAAGUACCUGCAUAAAAAAUUCAAACGGAUCGCCAGUGCCACACUGAGCAACAACAACAACAACAUCAACAACGAUAGUGGCAGUGAAUCGAAACUCGUUACAUCAGCAGCGGCGGCCACCAGCAGUAGUAGUAGUAGCAGUAGCAUUCGUAGCAGUAGCAGUAGUAGUAGUGGUGGUGAUAGUAGUACUAAUAUUGUAACUACUACUGCUGCUUUGCCAGCUGGUACUAGUAUCGUAGUAGUAGCAGUUGAGAAGCAACAAGCAAGUGCAUACGGUUCCCCCGCAGUGCGACUACCCAACUCAUUGAGCUACGAGUCUGUCCAGCGACUUCAUCAACACCAACAUCAACAACAACAACAACAACAACAAAAUCAACAUACGAUUGCAUGUGCCAACGAGGGUGAUUUAGUCGACUCAUACCGACCAGCGACCACUGAACGAAUUAUUCGUACAGGAGGACAACCAACGGUUGGCAGCGAGUGCCACAGUCGCCCCCAAUUAACCUCUUUGAGUAGCGAACACAGUAACGGUGCUUCCUUGAAUCGCACUAACAACAUUAGUGGCGUCAGUAAUAGUUUUAUCAGCAGCAGCAGCAGCAGCAGCAGCAGCAACCACAAUCAUAUUCCGAGAGAGAGUGAAGAUUUGAAAACGUACUAUCCCAGUGUAAAUAAUAACAGUGCUAUCAACAACAUAAACUGUGAUUUAAACGAGAAGAACCAAUGCCCAAGCAUCCUGAACAACAGCAACCCUAGCGGUGGUGGUGGUGGCAGUGUAGUAACGUUAUCAGCCGACUCGAUUCAGGCCAUUCAGCAGGCGGCGCAGUACGAAACCGCCGUCAAUCACGGUCCUCCGGCGGGGAUUGUGGUUAAUUUCGGCUGCGAUCCGGCUUCGACCGCUCCGCUGCACUCGCCGCUGACCUCGGCGAAUCUAAUCAACACGGCGGCCGCCACCCCGGGCCGCUAUGUGUGUCCGUUCUGUCAGAUGAACUGUAGCAAACCGUCGGUCCUGCAGAAGCACAUUCGACGUCACACCAACGAGCGUCCCUUUCGGUGCGACCCGUGCGGUAUUGCAUUUAAAACCAAGAGCAACCUGUACAAACACUGCCGAUCCCGAGCGCACGCAUCAAAAAGUCAAGGCGAGGAUAUCGGAGCCGUUAUCGAUGAGGACGGCGGUUCUCUCGGUGGAUCGGAUAUAGAGGAUAAAGAGCUGAGCAACAGUGGAUCUGAAAUUAUAAAUCGAGGAUCACCAAUGGAUGAUCGAGUGCAUUCACCCCAGCUGCUGGUGGAAAAACCCUACAAGCCCAAGUUCCAUAAUGCAGCCCUGUACGCCAAACUGGACGCAAAGCUAGCCAAUAAAUUUCCUUCAUCGGGGCCAAACAGCACCGGUAGUGGACUUCCACCGGCGCUGAACGUCAGCCAUUCAGCACCCCCAACUCCACACUAUUUCAAUGGCCAAAACGUGGAAUCGCUUGAGCAGCACAUUUCAAAGCUCAUAUCGGAUAACGAAGCCAUCGUGGAAGUGGUUGAGCCACCGCUUCAGAAAAAGUAUCAUAAAAUUACCGGUAUAACCCGAGGUAUAUCAGUAGGUUCCAGUUCGUCCCACAGUGGGCCACAUGAGUCCGGAACCAGCAGUAGUUCUAGUGGUAGCAGUAGUUCCAAACUGGCAAGUGCUUUGUUGCAGAAAAGAAACAGCGAGGAACAGUUACUGUAUCUUCCACAGCAGGGACCGCAACAGCCAUACGUAAACCCAUUUCCCAGCGAGCCAAAUGUGAUAACAGUUUCCAAUAGUAAACCAAACGUAAGUUCCAAACCGGCGGUAGUUCAGUAUGGACCUAAUCACCACGCAGUGUCGGUUCAGAUGGCGAUUCGGUUACCUAGCGAACAGCAUGAUCAGCUGUCCGCUCAACAAGUGCAAUAUCAGCAGCCUUUAAAUCUGAGUAAACCAAUGCCCUCGAUGGGGUUGGAACCAUUGGAACAGAUAGAACAACCUCGAAAACGGAGCUCUGGCUCCUUGUACAGCCGAGAACAAUCACCAUCGUCUUCUUUGCAAUAUCCACCGUCGCAGACGGCAUCGAUUCACACACAACCUGCGAUUCUCCAACAAACACCGCCUACACCUCCGCAAACUCAACCAGUAUCGCAGCAACAGCAACAACAACAGCAGCCAAUGACAGUUUCGGAUCAUCCCCAGAAUCCGGAACGUUCUAUCAUCAAAGAUCUUCUGCUUAAUUCACGUGGCUUCGGAGUCGUACAGAAUCCGGAGAAUGAGAACAUUGAAAAGCUUUUCACCUGUAAGUCGUGCAACGUAAGCUUCCGGGAUGCGGAAAUCCUCAAGUACCACAUGAUUUGCUACUGUCAAGGAAGUAGCAGCAAUCUGAACAGUCCUUCGUCUAGUGCCCCCAUAAGUCCGGUUGGUUCGCCGUCGCAGUUCAAUCGAUCCAAAUCGUACAACCCAAAUAGUCUGAAAACAUUGGCCCGGGUAUCACUGAAUCCACCGCCUCGAAACCCAUCCACCCUUUCCAAGCUGGCCAAGUCUCAGCUGAGGUUACCGCGGAUUCGACCGGAGAAUAUUUCGUUACUAUCUGCGCUGGCCAAGGAAAACUUAGCACUCAACAGCAUGGGAAGCUCUGCGAACAGUCAUCCAUCGGAGAUGCAGGUGUCACCAGCUAUGGCCAAAAUUGUGGAUGUGGUUCAAAAUCCACUGCCAUCGCCAGGUCCCCUAUUGGGAAACACUCGAUUGGUUGAUUUUCAGAGUAACAAAGCAAUGUCUGCUGAAGAUGCUUCAGUGACACAGAAACGGGCACUCGUCAUCACUGUUGAUGAACACCAGCAGACUCUCCGGCGAGUUCACCAGUAUCCUAACUUGCAACUGUUUGGAGGAAAUGUGGAAAUUGUGGAUCGUAAUUGUCUGAAUAUAUCACCUCAUCGGUAUACAUCCGGUGGUACGGUAACGAGAUGCUCACCAGAAAUCGAGAGUGGAAUGCAAGAAUAUAGCGGGCGCGUUAACAGCAUGCAUUCGGGGGGAACUUUCACGCAGUUACCGGAAAACAACCGAAGCACUUCACCCGCUCCAAUGAACCCAGAUACUCCGAAAUUGGUUGUGACUAUUACACCGACGCUUACACCAGCUCUGGCUACUCCCAGCUACUACGGGAAUCAACAGCAAGUUUCGGAAGGUAACAACAGUGCAGUUUCUGUUGCUCAACCCGUAACACACUUUCACUUCCCACCAAUCAAUCCGAUUACGGCGUACAACCCAUUAACACUGCCUCAGGUAUCACCCGGCCAGGCACAACAGAUAAUGCACGGUGGUAAACUGAUACCAUUUGUACAGGGUAUUCCCGGCCCAAAUUCGAUGCUGAUACCAAACGAUCACAACCCGCAACCGAAAAGUAGUCCUCGCAUGAUAGUCAACCAAUCAACCCACCCACUAAUGCAAUCGAUCUCGAUCUCCACCGGAAACCACCAACUGCCGGGUCCAACCGUGAAACUACAAUCGUCCUCGCUGCUGACGAUCGUGAAACCUACUAACACUACAGCCAUCGAUCGGCGUAACGAAAUUGACGAAGAUCUAGGACGUAGUAAAAAACCUUUUCUGCAAGUAGCACCGGGCAAAAAUGGACUGUCCAAAGAAAUCUGGUCUCCAGCAAAGCAGGAAUACCCUGUGCCAAAAAAGAGUUUCAAUUUCUCCCGAAUGGCGGACAAUAUAAGCCCGCGGAAAAAAGAACUCAUCGAGCAACCGCCAAUCAAGAAGGAAGAAAUCCGUUACUUUAACUUCGAAAAUUUGAUUUCAAAAUCGGAGAUAUUAAUCAAAACAACAGCCACCGCGGUCGGUCCGCUGGAGUGUAAAGCGGAACCGAUGGAGGUGAAACUGGAACCACCACCAUCAACCAUCGUAACGAAACCGAAAUUUCUGCGACCAAACUCACUGCCGCUCAAACCUGGUACCUUUACACCGAAGCGCCAUCACGGGAUCACACCGACUCACAACACGAUGCCGCUGAUAUCACCCGAAACACCCCGACCCUCGAAAUCCUGCCGAGAGUUGUACUUCAACGGCCACGCCUAUACCAACAUCGGGUUGAAAUCGAGCACUAAACCAUUCUACUGCACGGUCAACAAAACUCAACCCUUCUACGUUCAAACCCAGCAGAAGCAGCUUUCGAUGUACAGCAACUGGCAGGUCCAUCCGGAAAAUGACCCUCAUCCGUUGGGUCUGAAACCGGUGGCCGUUAUGUCACUCUAUGACAGCAGCCAACAGCGUAACCAUCGCUAUUCGAUCGCCCAAUCACAUGUGCCGCCACUCUCGGUGGUCAAUUCAAGUUCCUUCAACAAUGCCGUCAUGAGUACGGUCGAAGUUAAAACCAACUUCCCAGCGUAUUCACUGCAACCGAUGACCUCCCCAAAACCCACACUGGUGCCAUUAGCAAGUGGACAGCAUCAACAAGUACAACAACAACAAACGCAAUCAACGCAAAGUUAUCUUCAGUUCGGUUAUCACGAUAAGGGAGCCUCGAACGAUAGUGUUCCGGCCAGAAGUGAAUCUUCGGAACGCACCCUGUCCGGUGGCUUUGAGAGUACGGAAGAAUACACCUAUGUGCGGGGUCGCGGCCGGGGCAAGUACGUCUGCAAGGAGUGUGGCAUUCGCUGCAAGAAACCUUCCAUGCUGAAGAAGCACAUCCGAACGCACACCGACGUCCGGCCGUACUCGUGUCAGUACUGCAGCUUCCACUUCAAAACGAAAGGCAACCUGACGAAACACAUGAAAUCGAAGAGUCACUACAAGAAGUGUUCGGAGUUGGGUCUGAAUCCGAUUCCGACCGGGGUGGAUGAUGACGGUGGUGAUGUCGAUAUUGAGGGCGACCAGCAGUCGAUUUCAAGCGAGCGCACUUCGACAAUUCCGGGCGACUCCGAUAGUGGGUCCGAAAGUGAUGGCGAGGAUAGUGACGACAGUGAUGAAUCGAAGAGUCGCCUCCCGGAGCACGAAGCCGCCCACUGUCUACUAUCUCUGUCGAUGACACCGCCGACCAGUUCGCAGAUCUCCAAGAGCUACCCAAGCCCGGUGCCGUACAGUAGCCAGCAGUUGGUGGAACGAGACCGCAAUCGUCAUCAAGGAUACCCCCUAAACGAUGCCGUUUCCCCUGGGGGCCUAAUUAUCUACCCUCAACAGUCACCAGCGGCCUUGGUGGAUCAAUCUACUAGUCAACCGAACCGACGCAUAAUCACCUUCGGUAACACCCCGAAGGUCGAAUUUAAUCUGCUCAAGCACGAGCAGUACUACUCGGAUCCGAACCUCAGCAAAAAGAAGCGGGACAUGGCAGGCACCGCCAAUCAGGCUGUGUCCUUUCAAAAUGAAGACGAUGACGAUGGUGCGAUGCCGAUUGAUUUAACGAAAAAGGUGAAAGAAGUGCCCACGGCGUUGCAGUCUCAUUCGAUUCAGGAAGCAACCGGUUACUCACACCAUUCGCAUUAUCAACAUCAAAACCAUCACCAGUUGAGCAAGGGAUCGAACGUUCUGCUGCGUGCUCAACAUCAUCCAGAACAGUUGCCGAACGCGAUAUCGCAAGUCAUCGUGCGUAUGUCGGAUGUCGUUACGCCGAUCACCGGAACGGCCAAUCUGCUAACGACGUUGGUUUCCAACACCGAUAAGAUACCUCUUACGCACGGGUUGAUUCCAGGAAGCGGGAAGGAACUGGUGGAUGACAAUGUUUACUUCCAGGAGUACAUUAAGCAGCGGGCACUGCAGGACAGUCGUAUGAAGCAGAGUCAGAUGAAGAGUGUAACCAAUAGUUCACAGUACGAAGAUAGCCAGGAAACUGCUGGUGCGGUGGAUAGUCAGAUGCCCUUGGUUAAGUCGCAAAAGCUCGAAGCUCCGCUGGCGAUUACAACUGCAACUACUUUGGUUGUUAAUGGGCCAGUCAAUAAAGGGGUGGUCCCUCCUGUGGAGAAAGUUUAUCGAAUAUUUAAUGGUAAAAAUGAGUUACAUGCGAAGGUUGCGAAUACUGAUCUAGUGAGUAGGGUGGACGUUCCAGUUGUGGGGAAUGAAUCGAUCCCACAAGAAAGUGACCAUCCGAUAACGGAAGUUGGAGAAGCGGUGGUUAAUACUGCCGUUGGCAGUGGAAAGUUAGAUUUGUUGGUUGAGCCGAUUAGAUCCAGGAGUAAUAGUGUGAAGUCGAAUGAUUCCACGAAGCCAUCGAUUGCAACUACCGCCGCCGCAACGGCCGCUGCCGGGUCAGGUAAGGAGAGUGCUAAAAGUGUCGCUUCCGAGUACCUCAAACUGACGAAGUCAGUUACGCUUAGAAAGCGUGAGGAUAGCGAAAGCGGUACAGCUUCGGAUCAGGAACCACCUGUGGUGGAGAACAAAAUAAUUCCAACACCGCCAAUUGUUGCUCCUAUUGUGCCGCCUAUCGUAGUCGUUCCGCCUACUUCGGCUGCAACUGGUGAACUGGGAGGAAUCGUAGCUCGAACCGUCGUGGUUGGUGAGGACGGUUUCAAAUCGACCCCCGCGACAAAUGAGUUCGCCUCGUUAAGUCAUUUCCAAGAGGAUGGCGGCCGGCCGGUAUGUGAGGUGUGUAACAAACGCUUCCUGAAGAUGUCUCAGCUGAAAAUUCACAUGAACAUUCACUACAUGGAGCGGAAGUACCGCUGUGAACCCUGUGGAACUAGUUUCCGUUCGCAAGGGUUGUUUUUGAAACACGAAAGAUCUGCCACCCAUCGGAAUAAGGUUUCGAUGACGACAACAUUCGGUAUAGCAACCGAUUCGAAUCCUCGUCCGUUCUACUGUAAAGAUUGCGAUGUCGGAUUCCGAAUCCAUGGCCACUUGGCCAAGCAUCUGCGAUCAAAGAUGCACGUUCUAAAACUCGAAUGUCUCGGGAAACUUCCCUUCGGAACGUACACCGAAAUCGAGCGCUCGGGAACGAAUCUAACCGAGAUCGAUACUACCGAUUGUGAGAACUCGCUGUCCAGUCUGAAGCGGCUGGCCAUUCGGCUGCACGUGAAGGAUCCGGCCAAUGUUCUGCCUGGUGGUGGCAGUGGUGGGCUCGGUCCUUCCGGCAGUGGCAACGAAACGGACAGCUGUGACGAUAAUCAGUACGAGAAUGACAACGACGAAUCCAACGUCGAGGACAGCUCCAGCUCGAAUGGACCAACGAAUAACCGGGACGAUGAAACGGACAAUGACGGUGAACCAUCGUCGGCCGGCGAAUGCAAUGGGCCCUUGAUUCAACCAAUCAACAACAACAACAACUUGAGCAUGAAGCGAAAACCUGAUGACAGCAGUACAAGCGGCAACUUCGAGCCGAGCGAAGCAAAGCGGGCACGGAUGCAGCCGGCUACUGCCGCCAUCGACGUGAAUCCGGGAGGGCAAACAACGUCACUGCCACUGCCGGGAUGUGAUUCAUAGCAUAUCGCCACGAAGGGACGUUAGCUGGGUAAGGUAAGAAAGACCCCAAGGGUUGUACCGUUUGGUGGAAGAUAAUUUUGCUACUAAAAAAACAUCGAGAAAAGAAUUCAGAUCCCCGUACACCCGCCUCUCCCUUAUUUUAAAGGAGUGCCAAGUUUACCGGUCUCUCAAGUGCCAAUAGUGCUGUGUGUGAACACAAGAACACACGCAGAAUAGAAAACAACAGCCACAUUGGAUUUAUUUAGCUUUUAGGUUGUACACAUUUCUGAUUAAAAACAAUCUGUUGCAAAUGGUAGUAGUAUUUAACUUUUUUGCUUAUAGAAUCUAUUUUUCCCCUCUCGGCGAAAGAGAAACAAACUCCCGUCAGUAAGCGCAUUAGUGAUAUUUCCUUUCAAAACUUUAAGUGUAGCUUUAGCAGUUAAUUCGUUAAGUUCUUUGGCACAUUAAUGGGGGCGAGUGAAUAAAUAAAAUCCCGAACCUUAGUGUGUGCGUUGUAUAGAGCCGCGUAUAUGUGAUCAUUUAUUUGUUAAACUAGAAAAGAAACAAUACUCUUGUAAUAAUACAACUAAACUAUUGCAAUAGAAACCCGAGGGAAUUAAAUUCCCUCCUUCGAGACAGCGCACCAACACCCAAAAGUUGGCUUAUUUUCAUUUUACGGUUCAGUUCAUGUUUUUAAUAAUAAUAAUAAAAAAAAAAACAAAAAAUACACAUACACAAAAAGUAACGGGAACAUUGAUCCUGGAAGCGAUAUAUGAAACUAAGUGUGAGUUGGAAGAUGGCAACCACCUACUGAUGUAUUUUAUAUAAUGUAUAUUUAGUGUAAACAGAAGCAGAGAAUUAAAAAAAAACAAGAAACGGAUGUCAAAAAGAGUAUAUAAAAAUAACGAUUUUUGUAUUAGUUUUACACUACAAUAGAAUCGUAAAUGAUUGAUGAAACGUUCGAUAUCCCCCAGCCCCCAGUAAAUGAAAGUGAAGGUCAAAUAUAUAUAUAUAUAUAUUUAUAUACACCAUUUAGAGAAGAAAAUAAGAACAAAUAAAAACGUGAAUAUCCUUAUAUUUGUAAACACAUUUUUCCCCCAGAAUUGCAAACUAUUCGCAGCCAUUUUUAUAAAGUGUAAUUAUUGGUAUCAAUAUUCUCGCAUUCUCUCUAGGAGAAGGAAAAAAGGAGGAAAAACUACGGGAACGCAUUCGUACUAGCUAGGGGGCUCUAGAGUCUAAAGCUGGAGAGAUCGAAAGCGGCCAACCGACCGACAGUGUGUACAUUGCAUAUCAUUUUACUGUGGAGAACUGAACAAAGAACAAAAGAAAAAAAAAUGAAGAAAGUCUUUUCAGCCAUUGUUUUUUGUUUAGUUUUGAUUUAUUCUCUUCCCAAAAAAUACCCCCUUCCGGUGGGUCUACUUUUACUAAGUGUGUCAAAGAGAGCAGAUUAGGUUCACACGAAGCAAAAAAAAUGAGUUUGCGAAUUGAAUUCAACCUAGUUGGGUUACACUUUUAUUGUGCUGAAGUUCUCGAUUCCGGCAGACGAAAAAGUGGGAGAACACAAAUAUGCAAACAUAUUUAUUAUAUUUUUGUAAUAGUAUAAUCACACACACACACAAGAAAAACAAACAACAAUGUAAGAGUCAUCGUGAAGUAAUUAGUGUAAGUGACAAGUAAACAAUGAAAAUGCAUGUGGAAUAAAAAAACGCGAAAAUAUAA